AUUCGACCUUAAACAUUCCCAUUCCCAUUCCUAUUCCCCUUCUUCCAAUUCUCAUCACGUAUAAUUCAUCUUCAAACAAAUCAACCCACCCCGUACGCGCAUUCAUUCCGAAUAAACCUAGUGGCCGCCAUGGGAUCGAAGCGCACUGCUGAAAAUGACGGCGAGGAGCUGCCUAGAAAACUUCGCCGUCAACGAUUUUCCAACUCUGUACGAUCAACGGUUCUUCCGAGUUUAACUUACGGCCAGCGAUCAGUGUUUGGUGACUCUGAGUGCAUGACAACUGUACCGCCUGAGGAUAGCGACCUGGACUGCGAAGAUGAUGCUGAGGCGCUGGCGUACCUUAAGUCUGUGCGGUGAUCAAUACUGAUAUGGUGAGUAUAGAGUGCAAGCAUCCGCAAUCCCACAUGUUAUGGUCGCUAGUAAAGCUGGUCCGCAGCCACCCGAAGCUCUACAACAGUCCACAGACGAUCUAGUAGACCAACAAGACGACAAUGAGGAACCCAUCGACCGUAGCAUAUAUAAAGACGGCCGAGGCGAUUUUAGAGGAUUCUAUCAUGAUGGAGCGUACACCGCGUACCCACCGGGUUACUUUGACAAAGACGAGGAUGAGGACGAAGACGAAGAAGAUGAGGAUGAAUAUUAUGACGAGAAUUACGAUGGUGAGGAAGGGGGGGGGCGAGAGGACCCAGAGCUAGGAUAUGACGAUGCGAGCGAUUCUGAAUCAAGCGAAGGCGGCCCGCGCAACAGCAAUUCCGACGAGAUCUACGAGGCGUACUUUCUAUCUCUCACAAACCAGUUCCUAGCUCUGCGCGAGGUUUUACAAGCAGACCCACCGAAUCAUUUGUUAUAUUCUCUCCCUAGGUCGAACCCAACCGAAGUAGGCGAGUUCGGACCUAGAUCUGAUACAUUUGCGAAGUGGUCUGGCCGGCUCCGGGGUACGGAUCCAUUGCCUGCCCAAAUCGCCGGGAUGCAUAAAGAUGGCGUUAUGCGCCUGCUGCGCAUUAUACUCGGUGGCAAGUUCCUACGUAAAAACCAGGAGCUCCGUGAACGUACAAGCAGGUGGAUCUGGGCGCUGCUCGCGCGUCUUCCCGAGAGAGGUGAACUCGACUACCAAGAGAUUGGCUGGAUACGCGAGUUGGGUAAGAGAGCAGUCCUGCUCAUGGUUAGCUUGGCUGAGAUGGAAGUCCUGAAGGAACACUACGAUGUCGGUGACAGUAAUGCCGAAAGCCAAGGCGAAGUCGAAGUUGACGAAAGCAUCGACGAGACGAGCCAAGGUGAAUGCUGUGACUAUGAGGAUAUCGACACUGAUGUCAAUGAUCCUGAACCUCACCACCGUGGCCCCGGUCAACCCCCGGGCGGUAGGGUGCCCAAACUUGCACCUUACAACGGUACAAUCAAAAGUGAACCUGACACGGACACCAAUGCUCUCAACGCAAAAGAAACUUCCGGAACCGAGGUACCCUCCGAAGAAAUAAAAACGGAGCUAUCAGACGUCGAGAUGGAGAUAGAUUCACAAGAGGAGGAGGACGGGGAAGUAUCCGACGCACCCCAGCAGCAAACAGAACCCACGGCUGACAUAGAGAGGGCCAAGGCCCGAUUGCUCGAACAGCUCAACAGCACCGCGGCCGAGAACGGUGAUACCCCAGCGGAAGAGUUGCCUGUUACAGCGCUAGAAGAGGAGGCCUUUCUCGCGCUCGCGGCAGAGGAAGAGGAAGCGAAGACGGAGCAGUUUCGCAGAGCCAAGGCCAACGAGCGCGCUACCCUAAACAUGAUCCUUACUGUAGCCGGUGAGUUUUACGGACAGCGCGACCUUUUGGAGUUCCGGGAUCCGUUUGGAGGGAUUCAGGUCGAGUAGGUGAAAGCAUGUGUUGUGCCUUGCACGUAGAUAUAUGAUUAGACUGCUCUAUUCGCUUAAAGGUUUUUGUAGUUGAAGGUAUAGUUACCUCUUAGGUUAGAUAAUAAAUACAAAACUUAGUAAUUCUUAA